AUGAGCUCACCUGCUGGUCGGGCAUCGUCUCGCUCUCGGGUGAAUGUCGGCGACGAUACGAGCUGUCAGCAACCAACUCUCAGCUUUCCGAGUCCGUCACCUGCUGGUCAGUCUGCGAGCCGGUCUCGUCGGAACGGUGAAGCUGGGUUCGGUAAGGCCGAGUACAAUGGAAAGUCUCACUGGCGUCAGCGAUCACAAGGUACGAACAAUCUGGCACGCUCGCCAUUGGCAUUCUUUCGUACAGCAACGACCACUUCGCCGCGGCUGUCGCCUUCGCCAAAGAGCGAAGAUCCUGACGGUUCCUUCUCAAAGACCAGGAGAGAUCGCGAUGGCCAUCGAAAGCACCUGAGCGAGUCUUUGGCAACAAUUGGAGAAGCGAAACCGACAGGCGUGCUGGGUAGCUUUCUGAACGGCUUAGGCAUACCCAAGAGCGAAUUGCAACGCCGUGGUCACGCCGGUCGGCUUAUCAGACCUCCAAAAUCAGCCAGUCGAGUAUUUCGGCAGAUCUCGCUGGGCCUGCUCGCACUCACGACCAUCAGCGCGCUCUGGAUCUACGUGGGCACCUCGAAACUCAGAGCAGAGCAAGCCACAUUGCUCGACGAACCUGAGACUAGUCUGCGAGACUGGGCAAAAUAUUACAAAGAUCUGAGCCUAUCAAUCAUCUCUAUCCACGACACAAAGCCAGCCGCGCCCGCUCGACCUCGUAAGCCGACUGGACCACAGAAGCACACGCGACUGCCAAAUGGCUGGCUGGACGUGAACGCAAAGGCGCCGCAUCCGAUACUGGAACUCAUCAGAGAUGCUCAGAAAGACUGGGAAGACAAGCUCAGCCGACAAAGUCAGACGUACGAAGAAGCUGUCGCAGAAUACAAAGACCGAUAUGGUCGCAACCCGCCCGCAGGCUUCGAACGAUGGUGCGCAUUUGCGCAUCGUCACAAGAUACAACUUCCGGACGAAUACGACCAGAUCGCGCGCGAUUUUGAACCCUUCCGUGCGUUACACCAUAAUGAUUUCGUCCAUCGACAUCAGGCGAUGCAGCAGCGCGAUCAUACGUUCACAGUCGCCAUCGCAGAAGACGGCUCGGUCUCAGUCUUUGGGCCAUAUGCUCAUACACGCCGAGCUGCCGAAGUGACCGACAUCUUCUGGCUGUUUAGCUCGGAAAUCAAGCGAGCUGUCAACUUGACCUUUAUCAUUGAUGAUGAACCAGCGGUCGUGCUGCCGUGGGAGGAGAAAGACCGCCUGCUCGAGCUGGCUCGGCACGGUGAAAAGAUCGGUCCAUCGGAGCACUAUCAACUCCAUCACACGCAUAACACUGCUGGCUAUUCCAAUUAUGCGCUCGCAUGCGCGCCCGACUCGGCUCUUCGGCAUAGCGAGCGCAGCAGACGACCGAACCAGGUCGUCGGCAAGCACGCCUUCAUUUAUGAUCACCCGACGGCAGCAGACGUCUGUCGCAAUCCAGAGGGUCGACAUCUGCACGGUCAUACUGUCGGUUCAGGUGCCAAUCUAGGCCCACUCGUACCUCUACUAGCUUUUGCGAAGAUGUCGCUCAACUCUGACAUCCUAGCGACCCCACUCGAACAGUAUUCUGAUACAUAUAUCGGCUAUGACCCACCAUGGGAUGAGAAACCAAGCAGCAAACUCAUGUGGCGAGGCUCGACGACCGGCGCGGCAUUCCAAACCGGCAGACCAUGGAAGGACUCUCAGCGCGCACGCUUGCACUUCAUGAGCCAUGACACCGAGGGUGAGCGCGAGAUCAUGUGGACUGACCAAACCGGCGCGACACGCUUCAGCAACAUCAGCACUGGCUUGCUCAAUGAGCUCUACCUCGACGCCAGUCUUGCCGGCCGGCCAACGCAAUGCGACGAAGAGACUUGCAACUAUCUGGCGCGUAACGUCCGCUUUGCGCCGAUACAGGGUCUCGACGAAUCUUACAGCUACAAGUAUGUCAUGGAUGUCGAUGGCAACGGCUGGAGCGGUCGCUUCCAUCGUCUCAUGAGCACCAACUCGCUCGUCCUCAAGAGCACUGUCUUUCCAGAAUGGUAUCAAGAUCGCAUCGUGCCCUGGUAUCACUAUGUACCGGUUCGACUCGACUAUGGCGAUAUCUACGAUAUCAUGGCCUUCUUCAGAGGCAACGACGAAGGCGUUGGCGAACACGAAGCCAUGGCGCGUCAGCUAGCGGACAACGGGCGGACCUGGGCAAGGGAUUUCUUCAGAAGAGUCGACAUGGCAGCUUAUAUGUUCCGCCUGACGCUCGAGAUGGCGUCCCUAUUGGAUGGGACAGAAGAUUAG